AUGGAGAAAGACAAAAAGUUCGAUGAACAUGAACUUGUGCAAGAAUGUGUUCACUGUUUUUGUAAGUUUUAUUGUUUUCAAAGCAUAUUUCAAAUAGGAAACUACUCAUUCUUCAUAAUUUUUAUUUAAUUCCAGAUUUAAAUGCUCAUGACGAAUUUGAUGAUUUGGCCUUGGCUGAUGCACUAUUUUUGUCGCAUCAAUGGUUAAUGGAUAGUUUAUCUCUGAUCACUGAUUUUGUCAACAUUUAUCAGGUAUUCAAAGUUUUUAAUUCAAAAAAUUAAAUGUGUCAGAAACACAUCUCUGCCCUCGACAGAUUCCUAGAAAAAUCUAAAUCUAUUUAUAAAUACAUAUCAUGUCUUUUUCAGGAAACCAGAGAAAUCCAACAUCGAGAAGCGGUGUGUCGCGCUGUCGCAUAUUGGAUCGAAAAAUUCCCAAUGCAUUUUGAUGCUCAACCACAAGUUUGUGCUCAAGUUGUCAGAUUAAAAACGAUUGCAGAGGAUGUGAAUGAAACAAUUCGAAAUGGUUUGGAUGUCAGCGCUUUGUACGUGGAAAUUUGAACUUCUUAAAUAAACUUCAGACAAUCUCUCUUUUUCUUUCAGACCAUCAUUUGCUUGGCUACGAGCUGUUUCUGUGCGUAAUCCGUUGGCAAAACAAACUGUUUUCACUCUUUCUUUUGUUCAAGCAACAGCAAGUGAUAUUUCAACAUCUUUGUCACAUAUUGAUUAUCGAGUAUUAUCAAGAAUAUCGAUCACUGAACUCAAACAUUAUGUCAAAGAUGGGAAUUUGAAAAGAUGUCCAAUGUUGGAAAGAAGUAUCUCGGUCUUUAAUGUUAGUUUGAAAGCUUCUAGAAAAAUUAGAAAAUUAAAAAAUAUCAAAUUUGCAGAAUCUUUCAAACUGGGUGCAAUGUAUGAUUCUAAACAAAACCACACCAAAAGAGCGCGCUGAAAUACUUGUAAAAUUCGUUCAUGUCGCAAAACAUCUUAAAAAGAUCAACAAUUUCAACACAUUGAUGUCAGUUGUUGGUGGAAUAACACAUUCAACAAUUGCGAGAUUGGCUAAAACUCACGCAGUUUUAUCAAACGACAUCAAGCGAGAUUUGAAUAAUUUAACGAAUUUAUUAUCGGCUCAACACAAUUUUUCAGAAUAUCGGAAAGCUUUAGAAGCUUGUAAUCGAAAAUUUCGGAUACCAAUUAUGUAAGAAUUUUUUAUUUUGUUUAGAUUUUUCCAACAUAUUCGAAUUUUCAGUGGUGUACAUUUGAAAGAUCUGGUUGCUAUCAAUUGCUCAGGUGCAAACUUCGAGAAAACGCAAACAAUCAGUGCUGAAAAAUUAGAGAAACUCUCAACACUUCUUUUCGAAUUUCCUGGUUUUCAACCAAAAACCACAUAAUCUUCCGGAAAUGAAUAUGGAUUUGAUAAACACAUUAAAAGUUUCACUUGACAUUCGAUUUAACGAUGAUGAUAUUUAUGAAUUAUCAUUGAGAAGGGAACCAAAAACUUUUAUGAAUGUAAGUUUCGACAAAUUCAAGAAUCUCAAAAUAUAUUACCUUUUUUCCAGUUUGAACCAUCUCGUGGUGUUGUAUUUGCUGAAUGGGCUUCUGGUAUUACAGUAGCACCGGAUUCAACAACAGUUUCAAAACAUAUUUCUGCAAUGGUUGACGCGGUUUUCAAACAUUAUGAUCAUGAUAGAGAUGGUUUUAUUUCUCAAGAUGAAUUUCUUCAAAUAUCUGGCAAUUUUCCAUUUAUCGAAUCAUUUAUUAAUAUAGAUGUAGAUCGAGAUGGUCAAAUAUCUAAAGAAGAACUCAAAACAUAUUUUAUGGCAGCAAAUAAGGAUUCAAAAGAUUUGAGAAGAGGUUUCAAACACAAUUUCCACGAAACCACAUUUAUUACCCCAACAACUUGUAGUCAUUGUAACAAAGUGUUAUGGGGAUUUAUUCGACAAGGAUUCAAAUGUAAAGAUUGUGGAUUGGCUGUACAUGAAUGUUGCAAACUAAAUGCUGUGGCAGAAUGUCGAAGAAAAAGUAGUAGUAAUUUGACAAAAGCUGCAAUUUGGUUGAGUUCUCCAAGAGGAAGUGUUCGACACAAAUUAUUUGCCACAUGUAAAAGAUCUUCGAGAAAUCGAACUGUUUCUGCACUUGGACCAACAAGUCCAUUAGGAGGUUCUGAACCAACUUCAUCUUCUGCCAGAUUACAUCUUCCUUUGAGAGAUUGUCGAACACAAUCUGAAGGUGCAGAUUGCUGGUAAGCCUUGGAAUUCACAAUCAGAAAUUUGAUUUUCAAAAAUGUUAUAUAUUUCAGCAAUUUUGUUUGUGAUGAAGCAGAAGGUGAAGAAGUUGGCCUUGUUAGCCUUGCUUGCGAAGAAGUUUUCGAUGAUGAUUUAGCUGAAGUAUCAGCAAGAACUACCUAA